UAUCAUUGCAGUUAUCCAGACACUAUAGAGAUUAUGCCACUGUUACCACCUUUGAUAGUACUCUUCAGCGUUGUUUUGACAAAUCUUUCUGCCUCUGUGGAGUGGAGAUAUUUUGAUGGUUACCGCCGAGCUGAUGAUAACCUCACAUGUGUUGCUCCACCACCAUACCUCAUCUUCAGCCAUGGAAAUGCAAUAUUCAAGAUUGACAUCGAGGGAACUAACCACCAGAAACUCGUGACCAAUUCUGGGGUAUCAGUCCUGUUGGACUUCCACUACAUGAAAGGAAGAAUUUAUUGGGCAUCUGUGGAGAAAGGACUGAUACAACGGGCCUUAAUAAAUGGCACAAAAAGAGAGAAUGUUCGAGCUGUCGGGAAAGGUCUUUCGGGAUUUGUUGUGGAUUGGUUGCACGACACCAUCAUUUGGACCAAUCAAAGGAAAGGAACCAUUGAAAUGUCAAACUUAAAUGGGAAGAAUUCCAAGAAACUGCUAGAAGAACUUACCUUUCCCACUGCUGUAGCAGUUGAUCCAAAAAAUGGGUAUAUGUUUUGGGCUACAGAAGGCUCUGUUCCAAGUGUUCAUCGUGCAACACUAAACGCUACUGGAGUUGUCACCAUUUUCAAGACCAUGAACAAAGUGAAGAGUUUAUCUCUGGAUCUUAUUGACAAGCGACUCUUCUGGGUUCAAAGUGAUGUUGGGAACAUGUCGAGCAGCUUUGGCUCAUGUGAUUACAAUGGUGACUCAGCUUACAUCAUAAAGCAAUCAAUGCAUCACCAGCCAUUUGGAAUAUCCGUCUUUGCUGAGAACAUAUACUAUGCAGAUUGGAAAACCGGCACUAUUCGUCGAGUGAACAAAUACACUGGAAAAGAUAUUGUGACCAUCAGCCUAAAACCAUCCGUUUUACCUCCAGCCGAUGUCAAAAUAGUGCAUCCAUUCCACCAACUGACAGCAGAAUCAGACUCACAGUCAGCAGAAAGAGACAAUGGAAACAUCUGCAAAAAAGCCUUGGAAGAAAAUCAUUGUGAGUGUAAAGAUGGCUAUGUUCUGAGUGAUGAUCAGAAUUCCUGUGAAGAUGUCAAUGAAUGUGCAUUUUGGAACCAUGGCUGCACUCUAGGCUGUGAGAACUUUCCAGGCUCUUAUCGCUGCUACUGUCCAGAAGGCUUUAUACUGCUGCCUGAUAUGAAAACCUGUCAUGAUCCUAUCCCUUGUUUGGAAAAUUACACUGAAUGUAGCCAUGAUUGCAUCCAAACAUCCAAAGGACCAAUCUGUGUCUGUCAACCAGGAUCUAUUUUAGGAUCUGAUGGAAAAACAUGUUCAGGUUGCACUGCACCAGAUAAUGGUGGCUGCAGCCAGAUUUGUGUACUGCAGAAUCCAGUGUCCUGGAAAUGUGAAUGUCUGCCUGGUUAUCAGCUACAACUUGAUGGGCAGCACUGCAUUGCUUCAGGUCCUAGACCAUUUUUGUUAUUUGCAAACAGCCAGGACAUAAGGCGCAUAAACUUUGAUGGAACAGAUUACCAUAUUCUUCUGGAAAGACAGAUGGGAAGAGUUUUUGCGCUUGAUUAUGACCCUGUGCAAAAUAAGAUUUAUUUUGCUCACACAGGCCUGAAGUGGAUUGAAAGAGCUAAUCUGGAUGGUUCUGAGCGUGAGGAACUUAUUAGCAAUAAUCUGGAUUUGCCUGAAGGACUAGCUGUUGACUGGAUUAACCGUAAAUUAUAUUGGACUGACAGAGGGUUAUCACACAUUGAGAGGAGUAAACUCAAUGGCAUGCACAGAGAAGUGCUUAUUAAUGAAGGUGUCAAUGCACCAAGAGGAAUUGUUAUUCAUCCAUUGGCAAAGAGGCUAUUCUGGACUGACUGGGGAGAUGAACCUAGAAUAGAAAGCUCUUCCCUGGAAGGUGAUGGUCGUUUGGUGAUAGUUAGCACUAAUCUCAUGUGGCCCAGUGGAAUAGCCAUAGACUACCUAACAGACAAGUUGUACUGGUGCGAUAUCAAACGAUCUGUUAUUGAGAUGUCAAAUAUAGAUGGAUCCAACCGUCGGAUACUUGCACUGAAUGAAGUAGGACAUCCUUUCGAUGUGGCAGUAUUUGAAGACCAUGUUUGGUUUACAGACUGGAGCAAACCUUCCCUUAUGAGGAUGGAUAAGUCAACAGGUCGUAAUAGAGUGCGACUCCGAGGUGGAAUGAUUCGACCUUCAUCUAUAGCUGUGGUCCAUCCAAUAGCCAAACCAGGGUCCAGAAAAAUGUCAUCCCACAAGAUAAAUUUGUUACUAGCCACAACAUUACAAAAGAAGAAUAUCUCACCCACAGAACCGAGUUCCUCUGUCACUAAUGUCAAUGAGGAUGAGAUUACUGCUGAACUCCAGCCAAGAUCCACUCUUGUGGCAGAGAUAAUGGUAUCAGAUCAAGAUGACUGUGGUUCACUGGAAUGUGAUCUCAAUGCUCAAUGCGUUGCCCCAGGAGAAAUUAGUAGAUGCCAGUGUUUGGAAGGAUUUACUGGCAAUGGCACAGUCUGCAGUGAUAUUGAUGAAUGUGCCACUGGUGCUUCCCUUUGCAGCAGACACCUUGCAGAUUGCAUUAACAUAGAGGGCAGCUACGUCUGUAAAUGCCAUCCUGGUUAUAGUGGCGAUGGACUGCUCUGUCAUGGUGUGAUUGGCUCAGCCUUCCCCACUGAUGGCUUGAUGGAGGUAACUGUCAGGAGCACCAUUUUUGAAACAACCACACACAAGCAAAAUAAUAAUGUUGCGACUUGUCCACUUUCGCAUGAGGAUUUCUGUCUGAAUGGAGGAGUUUGUUUCCACAUGCCGGAGAUAACAGUGUUUGCAUGCAACUGCCUCAAAGGCUACGUCGGGGAGCGAUGUGAGUACAGCGACUUACAAUGGUGGGAGCUGCAUCGUGUUGAGGAAGAGAAGAGACGUAAUGUGCUUAUAGCUGUAUGCACAGUUGUGUUAAUCUGUCUGCUGUCAAUGGGAGCUUGUGUUAUACAUUGCUACAGGCACCAGAAACAUUUGAAGAAAAGGCAAUACUGUGAAGAAAUGAGUGACACCAGCUGCAGCAGCAUCGACAGUGUAACUGAGACAUUGAAAAGCAAUGAGCCACAGAACAUGCCUCCAUUGCCUUGUGUAAUGAGGUUGCUGGAUGUCAGUUAAAAGAGCCACUAAUAUACAACCAAAUGAGGCUGUCUACAACCCUGCAUUGAAGCCCUUCAACUAAGUCUCAGCUCCCAGAAGAGGACAAUCCAAUUUACCUUGACAUUCUGAUCUCUCCUUGCUAAUAGGCUGAGACCAUUCAUCUGUUUAAGAAUUAACCAACUUAGCUGU